AACCUUAUUCCCUUAAAGAAGCCAAACAGAAAAAACUGCCUUAAGAUACUCACCAUGCUGGCCUUAUCACCUUCUUGCGUGUACCCAACAACAUUUUCAUGGCCAUCAGAAGAGCAAUUAGCUCCCUUGAAUGUGGAGAGUUUUAAUGGUGAUUUCUCCUACCAUGGAGAUCCUCAUAUCUCACAACCUUUUUUUCAAGUUUCUUCAGAAAAUACUGAGAGUGAGCAAACUUCGAAUGUCAAGAAGCUCACCCACAAUGCAAACGAGCGGGAUCGUCGGAAAAAGCUCAAUUCCCUCUACUCGAGCCUGCGAUCGUUGUUGCCAGAAUCUGAACAAGGGAAGAGGAUGAGUAUCCCAACUACCGUUACCCGGGUCUUGAAAUAUAUACCGGAGCUACAAAAGGAAGUGGACAGCCUGAUUCAACGGCGGGAGGAAAUCUUAGCUCGAGCUCCGGUUCAAGACAACCAUCGGAUCCCCAACGCAAACAGAGGGAAUGUGCAAGGGAAUUCAGUACCAAGGAUCACAAUUUGCCGGCUUGAUGAGGGAGAAAUGAUGGUACAAAUCUGUGCGUCCAAAAUGAAAAGGGGCCAAUUCUCAAAGAUUUUGAUAGGGUUGGAGGAGGAGGGGCUCAUGGCCACGGAUGCCUCUAGUUUUUCUAUUGGUGGACAUGGAGUUGUUUACAAUCUCCUUCUUCAGGUAAAAGAAGGGUUCCCAAGAUUGGAUUGUGAGGUCCUUAAGGACAAGAUUCUCUGGUUAUGUAGGAUGUCCAAGAACCCAUGACAAUUUCUAGAAGACCAGACAUCUGAAUACAUGUAUAGUGUAUGCAAGUGCAUUUGUGCACUUAAGUAUGUAUAAUUAUUAGCUGAACCUUUUGCAAAUGAUAUAAAGAGAAAAUGAAUGAAUAAGGAGGCAUAUAUCUAAUUCUCACCUA